UUCAACUCGGUUGAUAAUAUAAAACUUAAAUAUCUGAAUUUAAUUUUAGGUUAUCAGUAGCUUGAGAAUUUCUUCCAAGUUCAUGAUAACUGAUCCGCAAAACAUUUAAAGGAAGUUACAAGCUCUAAAGACCAACAGUGCUAGUCGGAGAGCGCACUCGUUAAAACACUUGGUUAAAGUCAAAUUUAUUCUUGCAGCAAGGAAAUGGGUCGACAACAAGGUAACCUUAUCUUGCUACUAAUGAGCCUAUCAAGCAUGCUGGUCUGCGGAUUAUGCAGUCACGUGGUACAAGACGAAACUGAGUACGUCAUUAUGUUUGAUGCAGGCUCUACCAAAACAAAGCUUGAGAUCUACAAGAUUGACGUCGCCUCGCCCCCGUUGGAAGUAACAGACGUGCACGAACUUGAUCCUUCACCCAGCAAAGCAAAACCAGGUAUCGCCGACCUGGACCCAUCGGAAAUUGAGGCAUAUCUACGACCCUUACUGGACUCAGCGAUGAAGACAAUACCAGCGGAAAAACACUCCAGCACACAUCUAUUCUUCCUCGCCACUGGAGGAAUGAGACUGUUGGAUGAAGAUAAAUCUAAGGCGAUUAUGGACCAAGUAAAGGGAGUCUUGAACGAUAAAGCUAAAUGUCCAUUUAUGUUUGACCCUGAAGACGCCAGAGUGAUCUCGGGGGCACUUGAAGGGAUCUAUGCCUGGAUGUCUGUUAAUUUUUUAGAGGGGAAUUUUAUCCCAGGGAAAUCCCACCACACCUACGGGAUAUUGGAUUUGGGCGGGGCUUCCCACCAAAAUGCUGUCCAAUUUUGGCGAAAGAAGGAUGAUUUGUAUUCAAUCAAUGUGGGAGGUAAAAAAUUUAAUCUUUUUGCCAGAAGUUAUUUAGGGUAUGGGUUGAAUGAAGCUCGCAAAACAUACCUUGAACGACUGCCAAAGAAACCUUUCAAAAAUGGUGUUAUCAAAAGUCCGUGUCACCAUAAAGGUUUCAAUGAAACAACUGAUAUCAGUGGUGAAUUAUUCACCGUCGUAGGAAUUACAAAUGUUCCCGCCUGUCGAAGGAUUAUUGAGAAAACGUUUUUCUGCAAAAAGGGUGAUUGCCCGUUUCAUGAUCAGCCCAAAUUACGCGGGAAUUAUUUUGGUUUUGCUGGGAUAUAUUACGCUGCCACGACCAUCGGGAUACUGUGUUCCGAUUGCACCAAACCCCUCUCACCAGCCAUGUUUGAUAAGGGAUCGCGAGAUUUUUGCGCUAAAACACUAGAGAGCAUCAACAGCAACCCGUAUGCCAAAGAUCAUUGCUUCGGAGGCAAUUUCGUUUUUGAGCUUCUCACCCACGGUUACGGCUUGUCUGCUCACAAAACUAUCAUGGUUGGCAACAGAUUGGAAGGGUUUAGUUUGGGCUGGACCCUUGGCGCUGCUCUGUUCAAUUCAGAAUUGUUGUGAAAAAAAUACAAAGGUAGAAUUCCUUAUAUAAUCAGCCAAUCAAUGACAUGCAUUAGUUUAUUCGGGGAAAAGUCAGAAGUUAGCAGGGAGAUUGAGCGGGGAGAGGUAUUUAAAAAAGAAUAAAGAAUAAAGUGUAAAGGGAUUUCAGGAAAACUAUCGUAAGUUAUUGGAUAUCUCAAGUUCUUUUCAAUAUGCAAUAAAGUACGAAACAUAACUCAG